GGGCUUGUUACCUCAGUCUGGCUUCACUCUUCACUGGUGAAACACCUUCGAUCUCAAUUUGUGCAUCGAACGCGAUUUUUGCGUUGAUUUUGCGUGUUAAGUUAAAUUGUUCUCAAGUGAUCAGCAACUAAAGGUGAUCUUGAAUUUCUUAUCUGGUGUUUCUGAAGCACUGCUUGAAUGCAUUUGAUGAUCUCUUGGUGAAAAGUGAAAAUUUUACAGAGUAUUUCCGCAUGGCGAUGCCAAAGAUAUUGAUGGAGAAACAAAUUAUAGACACUGAUUGAUUAUCUCUAUUGAAUAAUUGUGCCUUUGUGCGUUAUUUAAAUUUUGUAGUUUUUUUUAUUGAAAAAUGCGUGAGAAGUGGAUUGAUAUGUAAGAAGGGACAGUGAAAAAAAAAGAGUAAAACCUCUGAAGGUUUCUUCACCGCCCCAGAUCAACAUCUUUUGGGUCUGAGGAAAUAUUCUUCGUGAUCUCCAUCUCACCUGGCAGACUCUCACGUGUGCUUAGCAUUUUCCUCCUAAAAUUCUGCGUGGAAAUGGUGUGGAAACAUUGAGUGAAACAGAAGGUCUGAGGAAACCAAUUGAAAAUUUUCGCCAAAAAUUUUAAAGAAUCAGAGCAGAAACAAAGAUGAGAUUAUUCGGAGGGACUUGCAUGGGAUGCAAGGAGGAGUUUCGUCUAAGCCAGUGCGGAUGUGAUUUAGAUCCUCCUGAAGAUCUCGUGAAAUCGCAGUGGCAACGGCGGAAUAGGAACUGCAUCUAUCUGAUUUACCGAUGGAUUAUCGCAAUCAUCUUCAUCGCAUCCGUGGCUGUGUCCAUGAGCAACAAUGUUACAGCCUCCGACUGGGGCUUCUACUUCAUCUACCUGACCAAUUGGGGAAUAGUGGCUUGCAUGAUAACCACAACAAUGGGUGCCAUUCUCGUCUCCCUCUGGCACUUUCAUCCACAGUUUUCUGCACGCGUGGAGAGCGAAGGUGUCGUCCCAACAUCUUUCAAAGUCUAUUGGACGUUGCACAACUCUACCUUGGUCAUGUCAAUAAUUAUCACAAUCAUCUAUUGGUCGAUUCUUUUUGAUCCUGAAAUCCACAUGGCCGAUGCUAUUAACAUCUUGACACAUGCCACAAACUCUGUCUUCAUGUUUAUUGAUGUCCUGAUCGUGGCAUAUCCGGUCAGAAUCUAUCACGCUGUACAGGGUCUUGCCUUUGGCCUGGUUUACGUGAUUUUCUCAGUGAUUUACUUUGCCGCGGGCGGCACUACGAAAUCAGGCUCAACGUACAUCUACAGCGUUCUGAAUUGGAAUGAUCCAGGAAGUGCAAUGAUCACAGUUGUUGGAGUCUGUGCUCUUGGAAUCGUAAUCCAUCUUAUUCUGUACUUUAUCUACCUUCUGAGGACAUGGGUCUACAGGAGACUCUUUGAGAAAGACGAAAUCCUGCCAACAACAUCACCAUGUAGCACAAUCCCUGCCCAUGGAGGUAUAUCAAUGGUUCUGGGUCAGUUUGGUCAGGACAAUCGUGCUUUCACCACCAGUACAGAAAAGCUUUCCUACAAGGAAAGGUAUUAGGUUGCCUGGGACGAAUUUUUAGGUAUAUUAUGAGGAAAGGCUUCAAUUGAGACAGGGUUAGUUGUUAUUAUUAGUCAGUAACCGAAAAAAAAUCAUCUUCAUUCCGUCAAUUUUUGGCUGAGAUGAUGAUAUCUCAUGCCAAAAAAAACUCACCCAGGAGAUUGAUAUUUAUCAUCCUAUUUACGCUAACUAUAUUAUCACAUUGCUACCUGUAAAUGAUUUUUUAUACAAGACAAUUUCCCCGUACAUUGUUCACAUUGAUUAGUAUUUAGUGCUGUGAUGUUUAUUUAAUGAUUUAAUAAAGCUUAUUUGUAAUUUA